AUGCUGGAAGGAUCGAAUAGAAAGCAACUGGCCAGUCUGACUCCUGAAAUGCCAUACUCAGUCUCAUAUCACCGUGAGCUCUUUGUUGCAGCGCUCCCUCCAGUCAAAGACGGCACCACCAGAAUUCGAAAGCUCUUGGUUGCAAACCGAGGCGAAAUCGCUUGUCGCAUCAUUUCAACCUGUAAGGAGCUCGGAAUUGCCUCGGUAGCUGUUUAUACCCAGGAAGAUUCUGCAUCGCAACAUGUCACCAAAGCAGAUCAGUCAGUGUGCAUCGGCAGCAUCAAAGGCAGCUUGAAGAAUCCGUUUCUCGACAUUGAUGUUAUCAUCCAGGCUGCCCUUGCUACUGGGGCGGAAGCUAUCCACCCCGGGUAUGGAUAUCUUAGUGAGAAUGCUGCAUUCGCUGACCGCACUCGGCAAGCCGGCCUCAUCUUCGUCGGGCCUAGUGGGGCCGCUAUGUCGGCUUUGGGUGAUAAACGUCUGGCCAAGGAGUACUUGCAGAAGCAUGCGCCUGAUGUGCCGCUGAUUCCAGGCUUCUCGGGGAAAAGUCAAGACCCUGCCGAUCUAGUCAAGGCAGCAACAGAGAUCGGGUUUCCCGUGAUGCUGAAGGCUGCUGCUGGGGGAGGUGGCAAGGGGAUGCGAGUCGUGCGUGACGCUCAGCAGCUACAAACCGAAUUGGCAAGUGCGCAGUCAGAGGCUCAGCAAUCGUUCGGACAUAGUGACUGUAUUCUCGAGAAGUUCAUUGAGAAAAGCAAACACAUCGAAAUACAGAUCGUGGGCGACCGGCACGGCGAGGCAGUCUCAUUCUUCGAGCGGGAUUGCUCUGUGCAGCGACGGAAUCAAAAGGUCAUCGAAGAGACCCCUUGCUUGUUCUUAGACGACAGAGUGCGGUCGCAGAUGGCCAAUACUGCGAUCCGUAUUGUCAAGCUUUUAGCAUACGAAGGCGCCGGCACUGUCGAGUUCGUAUUUGACACGGCCGGGAUGAAGUUUUACUUCUUAGAGGUCAAUACGCGGCUCCAAGUUGAGCACCCGAUCACUGAAGAGGUAACCGGAGUCGACUUAGUGGCACUGCAGCUCUUCGUGGCAUCAGGCGGCAGACUUCGGGAUUUACCUAUUUUGCAAGAACUCAAGCAGACGGGACAUGCGAUCGAGUGCCGGCUAUGCGCGGAGGAUCCUCGUCGGAAUUUCCUCCCUGACCACGGUAAUAUCAUGCUAUGGAGACCGGCGCAACUAGGACGAACAUUCAACUCCGUAGUACGGUACGAAACGGCUAUGCGGUCGCCGUGUACCGUGUCCAUUUUCUUCGACUCUAUGAUCUGCAAGAUCGUGGUAUGGGCUCCUACCAGAUCCGAAGCCAUUGAGCGCAUGGCGAGGGAGCUCGCCAACACCGCCUGCAUGGGAGUCAAGACCAACCAGCUUUUUCUCCAGAGCUGCCUGUUGCAUGACGCAUUCAAAGACCUGGGAUACACGACGGCAUUCAUUCCCUUCAACCUCCCAGAUCUGCUCGGAAAUCCAUAUCUCAAGCAUCUGCCGGAAUAUCUACCACUGGUUCCAAGCAUCUAUUUGGAAAGACUGCGGCAACUUCGACUGCCAGGCCGAGCCGCUUUCCAAGGAGUGCGUGCAAGAUUCCACAACCAGAGUUAUGACCCUUUCAGCUCUAGCUCUGAAGUGAUUUCGUACAGCUCCUCAAUUUCAUGUCUACUACGACCAUCCGGAAGUGCAGAUUUCGAUGCACAAAGAAUUUACAUCUACCAAAUAGUGGCGGAAUCGUGCUCUUCGUCGCGACUGGUUCAGCCGGCUGCGCUUUACAACGAAAUCAGUCGAGCGAUACGCAGCGGCGAUGCAUUUAAAGGGCCAGGAUACCACAUCAAUAUUAUCAAGGCUGAAGGUCUGGCCGAUCAGCUGACUCCCAGUGAUGCGAUAUUGUUCGAAAUCACAAUCAACGGUAAAAGAGUGAAGGCAUAUAUGGCUCUGCGUUCAGCACAGGACAGGAGUGAGGGGUCAGGCGAAGCAGAUCGUGUUCUCUUGCAUAUGCCUGAUAUUGGCGAAUGGCUGGAAUUUCGUCGGGAAACAUUGCUUUCCUUCUACUCGAGCCAGCGGAGACUCGUCGAGGCGGACUCGAAACUAACUGGGAAGCCAGCCACGAUCAAGGCACCAAUGCCGUGUAAGAUCCUGUCGAUCCUCAAAAGUCCCGGAGACCAUGUAGAGCCAGGGGAGCGUGUCAUGGUUACCGAGAGUAUGAAGAUGGAGCUGAGCAUCUAUGUGGAUGCCGCUGGUACCCUCGUCAAGGCUUGCCAGUUCCUCGACUUGGACGAGAGCAUCCGCUAUAACGAGAAUGGCGGGUCAGAACUGUCUGAGACUCACUCAAGUUUCCAUACAAAAGGCGGAACAUCAAGCCAGCCUGCAUCACAGCCAUCUGCACUGGUCCUUUCGCUUUCCGGACUGACCUGUGCUGCCUGCGUAGGCACUGUCCAACGCGCGCUCUCAGACAUCCCAUCAGUCGAGCAUGCCCGUGUUUCUCUUCCCUUACAGCAAGCCACGGUGGUAGCCCAGAAGGGUAAAGCCGUGGACGAGAAGCAGCUCAUUAGCGCUGUGAAUUCUGUGGGCUACAGUGCUGAGAUAGGGCCUCGGUCUCCCAAGGAGAUCAUCGACAUGCUUCAGUCAAGGCAGGAGGUAGAACACCUAAAGGACAGCUUCGCCAGGGUUGCCCGCUACGCAGUUCUGAUGCAGACUAUUGGAUAUGCCGUCUCUAAACUCGAGCAUAGGUGGCCGAGCUCGGGAUUGAGAGCUCUCAAUCUGUGGCUUGCGCUCGCCCUUGCCACAUACUGUCAGUUCCGUCACGUCGCAUGGAUCCAUUUAGAUGGAUGGAAAGCCCUGUACCACUCCAACCCUAGCAUGAAUACGCUUGUAUCACUGUCCGUUUGCCUGGGCUUGUCAUUCACGCUAGUCGACCUUCUCGUUCGCGGAGGGCUCGCUUCUUCAUAUCAUGGCGCCACAGUCGGACUCACCCUUGUGAUCUUGGGCGGGCGCUGCUUGGAGGCUUUGUCUCGUCGACAGUCAUCAAAAGAUCUUCUUGAAGUCUAUAAGCCACUUAUGAAAUUAGAGUUCACGAGACUCUCUUCAUCCGGACAAUUGGUCCCAAGUACAUACAUGAGGCCCGGGGAUCAUAUCAUCAUAGAACCGUUUUCUGUGAUUUCUUGUGAUUGCUAUGUUAUCUCUGGGUCGUCACUUGUAAAUCAGGCGGUCGUGACCGGGGAAUCUAUGCCAGCAAAGAAGACAGUGGGUGAUUUCCUCUAUGGUGGUACUCGCAACCUGAACGGCUCUUUGAAUUGCGUCGUGCACAAAGAGAAAGGCCAUUCGUUCUACGCACAACUGGUGGAAAACGUGACGAGCCUCAAUACGUCAAAAGAAGGAACAUAUGGUUAUGUUGAGAGCCUGACACGGUAUUUCGUAACCGUGGUGAUCCUUCUUGCAGCUAUGGUGCCCGUCGUUGAGCAAUAUCUGCUCUCUGGCACUACAAGUCCCUACGACGUCUUACGACAUUGUGUUGCACGUUCUAUAACAAUUCUUGUCAGCGCAUGUCCAUGUGCUCUUGGCUCAGCCAUACCCUCAGCUAUAGUCGCUGCGUCCUACUCCCUGCGGAAGAAUGGGGUACUCCUUACAGGUGGGGCUUCUACUAUCGACAGGCUCGCUCGCACGACCUUUCUCGUCUUUGACAAAACUGGGACACUGACGGAAGCGUGUCUUCGUGUGGAGAAGCUGACGAUCCCUGAGCAAGUAUCACUCACGGAAGAUGAGUUAUGGACGAUGAUAUGUGCAUUAGAAGAGUAUGGCGCCUCUGGUCAUCCGAUUGGCAAUGCAAUCUUCUCUGCGGGAGUACAGCGGCUUGCUAACGUUGUCAAGGACGCUAUCCGGACAGAGGCGGUGACCUCUAUCCAGAAACUCAAAGGCAUGGGCUACAGUUGUGGCAUGCUUACAGGCGAUACUGAAAAGGCUGCCAACCGAGUCUCGGUGUGCUUACAGGUUCCCAUUCUAGCGUCUGGAGCCACUCCAGCAGACAAGUUACACCAUGUCAAUAUGAUCCGCGACAGUGGUAAGGUUGUCGCCAUGGUUGGUGACGGGCUCAACGACGCACUGAGCCUCGCGGCGGCAGACGUGGGCAUUCGCAUCUGCCACGAGGGCGCGGUUCCGACCACGGGUGCCGCCGUUACCAUUGUUAACUCAUCACUCAAUGGAGUCAGUCUCCUUAUUAGAGCCGCGCAGCUCACGCAACGGCAAAUUCGAUUCAACCUUACACGCAUACUGAAAAAGUUUGAUCAGGUCCCUUGCAGCAACAUUGAUGUCAUGUUCAUCUAUGUUCAUCACUUUGCAGAGCUUUUGGCUCCAGUCCCAGCUGGCAUCGCUUAG